UCGCGCCAGCCCCGCUGAGCUGCUGUGUGAGUUGUGUGUUUUGGUGGUGCAUGUUGUUGGCUGUCAGUGUUCCGAGCAAGCUGAGCCGGAUCGCUUGUUCCACAGAAGAGCAGUUUUUCCUCCACACCGGGUUUCUCAUUAGUCGGGAUCAGAGGAGGGAGAGUCGCGCGUGUCCCAGGUAGCGGAGCGCAGGGCGGGGAGGCGCGCGCGGGAGCUCCGGUGGCCGCAGAGGGACUCGGUUCAGUUCUCACAGGAACACGCUCAUCUCCGCGCUUUGUGGAAUAAAUAAACCAGAGAAACCGCAACUACUAAUCAGGACAGAAGGGAAUUUACCAUCACAUCUGCUUCCUGCUUUCCCGGAAGCCGGUUACGCGAGGCGUCGAUCCCGGACAGCGCGCGCACCAGCUCGAGCCCGCAGCCCGGCAUUCACACCUCUCAGUGCGUAGUGAAAUGCUGUGGCCAGACUGUAAAGUUCUGGAGGCUGUAAAAGGAAGGCGAAGGUCAAGGCGGGGGUCCAUGCGUGGGUCACGGCUGAAGCUCUCUUGCUCCUUCUGGUUUGUGCUGUUGUUCGGGGCUGGAGGUUUGAUACUCUUCAUCCACCUUCAGGACCUGUCAGACAUGGUGCAGCAGCAGGGACCAGGGGUCAAUUUCAAUGGCUUGACAUGGCAGAUGAGAGAGGAGCUGUGUGCCCAGCAGGACAGCAACAUUACAGGCAGCAUGGCUGCAGUUCCUUUGGGAAGACAACACAGACCUGAUGAACCAAGUGCUGAUAACUAUAUCUCUCCGAUGCAGUUUCCGGCUUUCAGUUCUAACAAACCAAAUCAAGCUUCUCAUCGUGUUACAAAACGCCACCGGAAGCUUCUCAAGACCAGCGCAGCAAUCCGGUCACUAUCCAACUCCUCAUCAUCAUCAGAGCCUACACCCAAGAGCUGGCAGCACUUCUACCACAUGCAGAAAACUCGUCAUCGCCUGAUCAAGGAGGUCUGUGCCAAAUACCGCAGCAACAUCUCGCGAACAAUAACACCACACCAUGUGUCUCGCAUCUAUGUAGAGGACAGACACAAGUUGCUUUACUGUGAAGUGCCCAAAGCAGGCUGCUCCAAUUGGAAGCGAGUGCUGAUGGUGCUUGCUGGUGUUGCAUCCUCCACACACAAGAUAAACCACGACACUGUCCACUACGCCAACCACCUAACACGACUAGACAGCUUUGACCAGCAUGCAGUUUCUAAACGUCUCCGUUCCUACACCAAGGUGCUGUUCAUUCGGGAGCCAAUGGAGCGUCUGGUCUCAGCAUACAGGGACAAAUUUGAGAGCCCGAACUCAUACUACCACCCUGUGUUUGGCAAGCCCAUAAUCUCCAAGUACAGGGUGAAUGCAUCCAAAUCGGCACUCAGGACAGGAAGCGGUGUCACUUUUCAGGAGUUUAUCCGCUACCUGCUGGAUGUACACCGUCCUAUUGGCAUGGACAUCCACUGGGAGCCAGUUAGUCAGCUCUGCAGUCCAUGCCUGCUUGAUUAUGAUUUCAUCGGCAAAUUUGAGACCAUUGAGGAGGAGGCUAACUUCCUCUUGCAUAGGGUGGGUGCUCCAAAAAACCUCACAUUCCCCACUUUCAAGGACAGAAACCCAGAAGCUGCGAGGACUUCCACACACAUCAUGCAGCGUUACUUCACACAGCUCAGUGCCUCAGACAGGCAGAGGGUAUAUGACUUCUACUAUAUGGACUAUCUAAUGUUCAACUAUUCCAAACCUUUUCAAGAUGUGUACUGAUCAACUGAUAGGCACCUUUGGUUGGCAUUGUCAUGGUUGCUAUUGUAUAGGCUGUCAAAAACUAAUAGAUUAUUACAGUGUGAAAUUUACAUAGUCGUAGUUCAUUCUAACUGCUUCAAAAUAGCAGGCGUUUUGUUAAUUCACACCAAUAAUUUUGCAAUUAACACAUUCCAAUUGGGAUUGAAACGAGCGGGAUAGACUACAAAUGAUACGAAAUUCAUUGUUAUGCACUCUAAACACACUCCAGAAGUAUGGAAACAGGCUCAUAAUCCCUUGUCAUUUCAUCCACUGAAAGUAACAUCCACGUUCAUGAUAAUAUUACCUAAAUAUAAUGAUUUAAACUAUUAAAAUUUAACUAUAAUAUUGUAUUAUUGUAAAAAAAAAAAAAAAAAAAAAAAGGUUAUUCAGAUGACUAUAUAUUUUUCUAUGUAUUUGUAUCAUGGAUUUAUCUGUAGUUGUAGGUGUGAAUAAUUAUAGUUACCUUUUUCAAGAGAUACACAUGCAAAGCUCUUUCAAAUUUGUCUCAAAUUAGUAAGCGUAGAAGACCGUCCCAACUUUCCAAACUGUUGAACGUUUCCCGUUGGAAGAUCUUGUUUGGAUUGCAAUGAUGCCACAAGUUUUUCCAUAAAUUUGUCUCAAAUAAGUAAACUUAGAAGACAGUAGUCCUGACUUCCAGGUGAUCCACAUGUCUAAAGUUUCUCCAAUAGCAAACAUUUCUCCAGGAUUCUCCAAUUUUUAAGAACCUCCCUGUAAUAAUCCCAGCACCACGCUGCUCAGAGAACACAGCAGACCAUGGGUAAGAGCACAUGUGAGAUUUGUAUUAGUGGAUAAACAGUAUUAUGAUAAAUUGUACAAAUAUUUUUCACACUGCCGCUUCCCUGCUUGCUCAGUUUUUUGCUUUGCUGUACUCACACACACUCGCUCUAACACCUGGUUUAUUGAAAGGUGGACAGUGCUCCUAAAAUCCUGAUCUUAUAAAAUUGGUGUAAUCAGAAUAGGGUUAAGAAAGUCAUUUUCUCCUUUGACAAUUUUUUCCUUUUUUUUAGGAGUGGCACAAAAAUCCUCAGUCAAUCCUUGACGUAGCUAAUCCUGGAGCUUGUUAAUACAAGGCAUUAAAUGGACAUACAUUUUUAAAACAGCAUUCACCUUAAGAAAGUCUACACAGACCCCCAAACCAUGUAAUUUGUACCCUGGACUCAGGCUUACAGGGUGCAAUAAUAGAGUGUGUAACGAGGAUUAACAUUUGCUUGUAAAUUACCAAAUGCUUUUCAAUUCUUGAAUGUCGCAAUCUUGACUACUGAACACCGUGACACAAUGAGCUUUUCACGGCAAGAUAUAGUCACUGGAUUGAAACAAAGUUCAAAGUUAUUCCUGGGUUUUGUUUGAAGAAGUUAGUUUUGAUGAUUAUGAUGAACAUGAUGCUAACAGUACUAAAACUCCACUAAAACCACUGCCAGAGACCAUAGCCAGGUACUUUCCUAAGCACAAAAUUUUCUACUUAAAUAGGAAACCGACAAAAUAAACAGUAAGCAUUACAAUUAAGAGAAGAAUAGUCCUUGCUGUGACUGUGUGAAUUUAACUAGCAAGGCGCAUUGACAUGUAUGCCUGCACAAACUGCCAUUUCGUGAGUAGGUAAUUCAGAAAUGAACGCCAUCCACUCAGGGUUCUUUUUUCUUUUUUUUGCAUGUGGGCUGGUAGAGUUUGGAGGUAGAUUCACAAGGAAUUAACUACGUAAACUUGUAAAAUAUGUAAACACCAUAUUUCACAUAUUACUAUUAUGAGCAGAUUUAAUGAGUGCUGCAGAGAUGCACAGAUCUUGGUGGUGCUGAAGGGGAGGCAGGCUUCCAUUCUUGUAAAUGAGUAUAUCCUUAUUUUUUGGGUGAUCAUACCACAGGAUGCUAGGAGUCCAAGGCCUAGUCCAUACUAACAGGGGUAAACACAUUUAUUCUUAUUCAUUUUGCCUUUUCAUUCACACUAAAAUGGAAAACCCAAAGCUUUUGAAUCUGCUCUCCAAAGUGCAAACCUGACAUUGUUUCUACAUUUUCAUAUGAAUAAGGGAAAAUCAAAAACCUUUCAAAAACAUAUAAUUUUCAUGACAUUCAUGCCACAACUCCAAGAUGGUGAAGCUCAUUGUCUUGCAAGAAGGUAGAAAUUAUGUGAAAUUCUUGAAUCAUGAUUGCAUGAUUUUCAAUUUAUUUUUUAUUUUUUCAAUUUCAAUUUCAAUUUUUUUUUUUUGGUGGACAGGACAUUUUUAAUAAAUGGCAGUGUGCUAGUGUGGCCAAAACAUACACACACAAUUCAAAAUUCACCCAUGUUAGUGUGGAGUAGACCCGAGACCCAUGGGUACAUCUUCGCAUAAACCACUCUGGACCACGCUUGAUCUGCUGACCUACAAUAUGAUGUUGUUGCAUGAGCACCAGUUUGCAAAGGUGCUUUGGCUGGUUUCACAUAUCUAGCCCUCACUCUCUUAGGACGGUGGCUGUUGUAGAGGAAGAUCUAGAUCCUGAUUUUGGAGGAAGCUGAAUAAAAAGAAAGUGAAUAAAGUGCUCUAUCAGUUGCCUUCCAGAGGGUCUUUAUCUUGUAGACAUUGGCAGCUUCUUCCUGAAUGGAACACAAGGAAUGACGAUAUUUUUGAAUUGUCCAGGAUAACAAUAUCGUGAGUGUUGAAUUUCAUAGUAUUGAUUAUGAGUGCAUACCUGUAGCUAACACACAUCAUAAUGCAUCUGUGUGUAAAUAAAUUACUGUAUGUUUGUACUUCUUCUAUUCUAUAAAUAAAUAAAUAAAUACAUAUAUACAUACAUAUAAGGUAAAGAUAUAUAAAGAGAUGUACCCCUAUGGUAUAUGGGUGUAUUGUAUGUUGCAACCGAUAUAUUUAUACAUAUAUAAUGUUGGACAUAUAUGCUUUAUGAGCGAUGUUGUGACAAAGAUCCCAAAUUAUUAUUAUUAUUAUUAUUAUUAUUAUUAUUAUUAUUGAAAGUAUUUAAGCUAUGUGUGAACCUUAGUAAAACAGUGGAAGUCCAAUGUCCACUGAAGACGCACAUCUAUAUAGAAAGUUCUGUAUGCUAAACAAAUGUAAAUCUUUCUCAGCGUACCAGUCUCCAAAUGCCCUUUGCCUUAUUUUUGCGUUGCCAUUUAAAUGACAUGAAUCAGAAAGAUAUUAUUCACGAGGUGAAACGAUCUCUCUCUUUCUCACUCAGCUGAAUAGCUCUGAAUAAAUGUUUAUGUAUUUUCUUUUAAAUUGUGUGGCCCUUUUUGUCUGGAUCACCAACUCAGCUCUCGAUUCUAUUAUGCAGGAAACACCAGGCACUCUGCUGAUAUUGGCUGGUUUUGCUUUCACAUCAGUUUGUCAGCUUUACUAUGUAGUGGUGGAAGAAUGGCACAGAGGGCCAGAUGUACUACGCUGUUUGUGCUUGUUUUUAGGGUUGAUAAGACCACAUUCUGAGCAGGAAAAAAAAAACCCACCAAAUUUACUAAAGUUUCUGUAACACUGAUUUCAUACUCACGUAUGUAUGUUGAAAAUACGAGUUGCCCGUAAAUUACCAAACAUGUUCAUGACACAGCUCGUUUUCAGUUAGUGACAGUCACAAAACUCCAUAAAAGACAAAGCUCACAGAGAGCAGAAAACAACAAUAUACUGACUAAACUGUGAAAGAGUGCCAACUAAACCAGUGCAUGUGUUAAAUAUUCCAGUAAUGCAGCUUUGCUACUGCAACACACACUGACGCUUCUUUCUUUUAUAGAGCCUUUUAUUUCUUUUGUCUUUAUUUAAUGGCUAGUCGUAUUUGUCUUAAUUUAUGGAUUUUUUAUUGCUUUAUUUCAAGCCAUUAAUAUGAUAUUACAGUUUCACAAUUUUUUCACUAAAGUCAUGUAUGUAAUUUAAAUAAAUAAGCAAUUUAAACUUGUCAGUGUAAUCUAUUAUUAAGUAAUCCAAAACCUCUUUAAUGAAGACUUUGGAUCCUUUUCAAAAUGAUGAAUACAUAUAAUAACACUUCAUGCAUCAGUGGUUGGAAGCAAUGAAAGUUAUUGAAAGUUAGCCUGUACGCAAAUUAUAGGCUAUAAUGUAAGCACACAAUUGUAUAUGAUGUCUUUGGGUGCUGUAGCAUUACAAUUUCGUUUCACUGGAACUAAGGGGCUGUGGCGGCUGGGAUGGACAUUUCAGCUAUUGUGAAAGUAUUUAUCCCUGCCCAGUGGCUCAGCCACUAUGAAUAUGUUGUAAUGUUACAUGGACAGGUCAAUGCCCCCUCUGUGUUACCAGCAUUCAUAAACCACAUCCUCAGAGACAUUCUAGGAAAAUUUGUGUUAUUGCAUAUACAUUAACAUCUUGAUUUAUUCCCCCUCUCUUGAAAAUCUUGUCCACCAUGUUAAAGUCCUACACAGACCUCUGGAGAGCCAUCUCUUCUUCAAAGGAGAAAAAUGCUAAUUUUAUGUGCCUAUGGUGAAU